CCUCUUUCCUCAUAUAAAAUCUUCAGCCGCCUCGAAAGCAAAAUAGGGCUUCAGCUGCUUCACCUUUCAGGGUCAGAGAUUCGUGAACUGAGAGAAACCCAAGAUGAGUAAGCUUCAGAGUGAGGCUCUUAGAGAAGCCAUCACAACUGUCAAGAGCAAAUCUGAGGAUAAGAAACGUAACUUUGUGGAGACAGUGGAGCUUCAGAUUGGUCUGAAGAACUAUGACCCACAAAAGGACAAGCGUUUCAGUGGUUCUGUCAAGCUCCCACACAUUCCUCGCCCGAAAAUGAAGAUCUGUAUGCUUGGAGAUGCCCAGCAUGUUGAAGAGGCUGAGAAGAUGGGACUAGACUAUAUGGAUGUUGAGGCUUUGAAGAAGCUCAACAAAAACAAGAAGCUUGUUAAGAAGCUUGCUAAGAAGUACCAUGCUUUCUUGGCUUCUGAAUCCGUCAUUAAGCAGAUUCCCCGUCUUCUUGGUCCUGGUCUUAACAAGGCAGGAAAGUUCCCAACUCUGGUGAGCCAUCAAGAGUCGUUGGAAUCAAAGGUGAAUGAGACGAAAGCAACUGUGAAGUUCCAGUUGAAGAAAGUUCUGUGUAUGGGUGUUGCUGUUGGUAACCUUUCCAUGGAAGAGAAGCAGCUCUUUCAGAACGUGCAGAUGAGCGUCAACUUUCUUGUCUCGCUAUUGAAGAAGAAUUGGCAAAACGUAAGGUGUUUGUACUUGAAGAGCACCAUGGGACCACCACAAAGGAUCUUUUGAGCUAUCUACUCCAUCAGUCCAACUUCGAGUUUUGCUUUGUGUUUUUUUUUUUCAGAGAUCUUGUGCUUCUUGAGAUAUGGUUUGGAAUGAUAUUAUUAGCAGAAUUCAAGUGCUAGUUUGCUUUUUGGUAGACGAUAUAUGCAAUGUCCUACAAUAUUUACAAUUCAAUUUUAUCCAUCUACUAUCU